CAUAUUUUCAGACAACGGUGAAGAAGAUGGCGGCGUCGCGAACGUCCACUUGCUGCCUUGGUGUGGUGAUCUGUGGUAUUGUCAGCGCGAUUGGGUUGCUUGGCCUCGGCCUCGUCUACUGGAGCAUUCCCGCAGGCAAACCAUCCUUCCAUACCUUCACAAAGCUCGCGGCGGAACGCUUCACUUCCGAAGCUGAGCUCCACGCCGCCAAUCCACUUGUCCACCACGAUGUGUCGGACUCGCAUAGCCAUGUGCUCUUCUCGUGGCAAAGUCCAUUGUGCGCCAAGCACCUUGAUGAGCAUGACCGCGACACAAUGCAGUCGCGCUUCCACGUCCAGCACUGGUCCGACGUGACGUGGAAGGACAUGUUUCAUACUCUUUCGUCGUUAAACAGUGGCGCUACAGACGACCCUGUCGUGACCGCGCUUCCAAGAAAUAUCUACACCAACGAUUGUUUUGCAUCGUUGGAGAAUGUCCGAACGUCCCAGCAAAUUUCAUUUCGCGUUCGAAGUCGCGCCGACCCAGGUGCGAUCUUUCAAUUGUUCCAGUCACCGUGGAGUGCUUGGAGCAAUACGGUGGUCUUGCCUCCUUUUCGAACGUCCCCCGGCGACCACGGUGACGACAGAGCCUUCUACGAUCAACUGUGGUGGGGACUCACAGUGGUGAGCUUGGUGACGGCCCUGUAUUCGCGAUGGAAUGUUGCGCCAGACACCAUGCACGGAGCUGCAAAGCGCAAGAUCGCAGCGCUUCAGGAGGAAGUGACGAACCUCAAACAAGAACUGCUCGAUGCCGAAAACGAAAACAAGCUCCUCAUGCGGCUCAAGGGCUACGGACUGGAGGUGCUGUCGUGGAAAGAGCUCCAUGAGUUGGAACAUGAAUUGCACGUCGGCUUGGAAACCAUUGAGCUCCACAAGGAAGUGCUGCACCCGUCGCUUCUCGAUAGCGGCAGCCAUUGCAGUAGCUCGGCCAGCAGCCGAAGCCACACACCGCCGCCCAGUCCACGCCCCCUCCAGCACAACUAAUAUUUAUACGCCACUCAAUAUUAAAAGAGUCAGUUCUUAAGUCGC